UUCAAUCAGACGCUCAACAUCUUUUAAAAUUCGAGCGUAGCGUUCCAAUGUUUCUUCUUCCUUUGCCUUUGUAACUUCUUUUUGAGAUGGUUUACCAGCCUGUAGCACGAAUGGGACAGCUAAAAGUCCCUUAAUCCAUUCAAUAAAGUUGUCUUUUCGAUGCUGUUUCAAAGCAUACUCGACGCGGUAUCUCGAUGCCAUACUGUUAAUAAGUAAGUUACCAAGAAAGGUGAGAAAAAGUGGUUUAAAACAGCACAGCUUUUCUAAAAAAGAUACAUGCUAAAAGUUUUGUAUUUUAUUUUGAGAAUUAAAGUAUGUAGGUUCAUGGGGUAUGAAAAAGAGAUCCAUGUUAAGUAUAUUUAAACCGAGUUACUUCAGACAGUCUAAAUUGAAAGCAAACAUUUAUGAAGUGACAUAUAAUUUCAGUUUCCCAAUCUUAUAACUUUGCUUAAUACUAUCUAAAAGUAAGUUUCAUAUUGCCAUAAAAUCUACAACGGAAAAUUUUUAGUUUCUGGGUAUUUGGACAUAUUCCUUUACGGAUGGAAACCAUAAGAAUUAAAUAAGAAAGAAAGAAAGAAAAUUGGGAUUUCAUAUCCACUUUUUUCUUGAAUUAGAGAGGCUAACACAACUUAAGUAAGAUAUAUCUUUAGCUUCUACAUGCUAAACGCAAUUUUGAAGAAUGGCGGCUUCGAAUCCUAAUGAAGAAAGAGAUCAAACAAACAAACUUGACAAGAAUGAAUUACCUAAGUCAAACGCUGAAAAUGAAAACGAGAACGAUAAUGAGAGCUUUGAUCUUGGAUUAGAAGAAAAAGACGUUCCAUUGAAGCGUCCUCGCAGACAGAUAGCAAAGUUUGAUGAAGAAAGACUAGCGUCCGAGAAUGGCAUUCCUAAACUUCAGCGCUUGAGGAAAAAGGUUAAAUUAAAAGGAAAAGGUCAUGAGUUAGGAGACCUGAAGAGAAUUUUAUCUAUGUAUCAUAUUUGGACGCAUGAAUUAUACCCUCGAGCUACCUUUGACGAUUCUAUAUCAUACUUGAAUAGAUUAGGGUCCACGCGUUCAGUUAAGGUGCGCAGACGUGGUUGGAUCAACGAAGUUGCUGAUACAAAUGCAGUGGGCCAGGAAAGCCUGCUGAACGUGUCUUAUGAUGAAGUUCCCAUGAUAGGAUCAAGGAGCAUGCCAUCUAAGCAAGAUUCCUAUAUUGAAAAUGGUGAAGAUGUUUCAUUCGUUAUUCCCGAGGCAGAAUCUGAAUAGGGAUUUGUCUAUUUUUCAUCGAUAAUUCUCGUUCUUUCAGUUAAUGGCUAUUGCCUUCGAAUUUCUUUAGUCAAUAGAGGAUUUGGAUUAGGUGCCAACUUAAGAAAAAAUUUAUUUAUUUUGAAAGACCUUCUUUUUGUGACACUGCAUAUUCUGUCUCUUUGCUUUGCUGUUCUUUGUUUGACCAAGGUACUACUGUAUUCCGUGGAGUGUGCAUUUACUUUUUUCUACUUGAGUUUCCCAAAGCCUUGUUAUUCUGUACGUGAAUGUGAAUACUACUGAAGGACGUGGGUGAGCCACUUCCAAUUAUGCUUAUAUUUUGGAAAACUCAAUGUCAGUUCUUUCGCUCAGAAUAUUCUACUACACUCCAUAAUUUGUCAUAUAUUUAAUCAUGUUAAUAGUCUUUUCCUUUUAGCAAUAAAAAAAGUCUUUGAAUUUCCUUUCCAUAUA